GAUGGGUAGGGCUAGGACAACAACUCACCAUACCAUAUUUGUGAGUUAUUGUUCCUUCUAUGGGAAGAAGGUGGACCCAGAGCCAGGACGGUGCAGGAGGACUGAUGGGAAAAAGUGGAGGUGUUCCAAGGAAGCCUACCCAGACUCCAAGUACUGCGAACGACACAUGCACCGUGGCCGCAACCGUUCAAGAAAGCCUGUGGAAUCACAAACUAUGACGCCGUCAUCAUCCUCUGUGACAUCAUUGACUGUAACUACUGGAAGCAGCAGCAGUCCAACUGGAAAUUUCCAGAACCUUACCACCCCAAAUGCCUAUGGUAAUCCCCAAUGUAGUGCUGGUUCUGGAACAGAUCAAACCCACUAUCAUUUGGAUUCCAUUCCCUAUGGAAUCCCAAGUAAAGAAUAUAGGUAUUUUCAAGGACCUAAAUCUGAGGAUGGUGAUCAUAGCUUCUUGUCCAAAACUUUAGGAAGCAACAAGGUUCUCCAGAUGCAGUCACAGCUGGACAACACUUCGAUGCCAACAGGAGUUGCCUCAUUCUCUGCAUUGAGAUCAAACAGUAAUUCCAUGUUGCAGGGUGAUUAUCUCCAGCCAUCUUUUUUAUCUAGUGAUUAUGCCUCUGGAGAAACUGUGAAGCAUGAGGGUCAGGCCCUUAGACCCUUCUUUGAUGAAUGGCCUAAAAGCAGGGAAUCAUGGUCUGGUCUGGAAGAUGAAAGAUCCAACCAAAUAGCUUUCUCCACAACUCAACUCUCAAUAUCCAUUCCCAUGUCAUCAUCAAACUUCACUACAACCAGUUCUCAAUCCCCUCAUGGCGAGAUUUAAAUUGGGUCAAGUUGAAGCAAGCAUGUACCCACCAACCACCUCAAUCCUGUAAUUAUAUUGUUGCAGAUAACUAAAAACUUUCAUUAGGAUUUUU